CUGCUUUCACUCUCCUGCUUGCCAUCACGCCCAAGACCGCCAACAUGUCUUCCCUGCCGCCCGUCUACAUUGUCUCGGCUGCCCGCACGCCUACGGGCAUGUUCCUGGGCUCCCUCUCGAGUCUGAGUGCCAUUCAGCUGGGCUCUCAUGCCAUCAAGGCUGCUGUUGAGCGCGCAGGCCUCAAGCCCGAAGACGUCCAAGAGGUCUUCGUAGGCAAUGUCCUCUCCGCCAAUCUCGGCCAGAAUCCCGCCCGCCAGUGUGCCAUUGGCGCUGGCCUCCCCGAGUCGACCGUUGCCACCACCGUCAACAAGGUCUGCGCAUCGUCCAUCAAGGCCCUGAUUCUCGGCGCCCAAACCAUUAUAACCGGCAAUGCCGACAUCGUCGUCGCAGCAGGUGCCGAGAGCAUGUCGAAUACGCCCCACUACCUACCCAACUUGAGGUCCGGCGCCAAGUUUGGAGACCAACCGCUCGUAGACGGUGUGCUGAAGGAUGGCCUGACAGACGCAUACAAGAAGGAGCACAUGGGUCUGCAGGGCGAAGAGUGUGCAGACGAAUAUGGCUUCAGCCGUGGGGACCAGGAUGAAUAUUGCAUCCGCUCGUACAAGAAGGCCAUUGCUGCGCACGAAGCCGGCUGGUUCAAGGAGGAGAUAGUCCCAAUCGAGGUUCCCGUUGGCCGCGGCAAGCCUCCAGUCACAGUAGACCGAGACGAUGAGCCCAAGAACUUCAACGAGUCCAAGACUCGCGCGCUACGUCCUUCGUUCAGGCCCAAGGAUGGAACCGUCACUGCUGCCAAUGCCUCACCGCUCUCUGAUGGCGCUGCUGCUCUCGUCCUCGCUUCCGAGGCCGCUGUCAAGGCACACAACCUGAAGCCUAUCGCUAAGAUUCUCGGCUGGGGUGAUGCGGAGCAAAACCCAUCCAAGUUUACCACUACUCCCGCCCUCGCCAUGCCCAAGGCACUGAAGCACGCCAAGGUCGAGCUAUCUGCUGUCGAUGCAUUCGAAAUCAACGAGGCUUUCAGCGUGGUUGCACUCGCAAAUAUGAAGAUCCUAGGCAUUAGCGAGGACAAGGUCAACCUCCACGGGGGUGCCGUUGCGCUCGGCCACGCACUGGGUGCUUCAGGCGCCAGGAUCACAACAACACUGCUUGGUGUGUUGAAGGAAAAGAAGGGCAAGAUUGGCUGCGCUGGUAUCUGCAAUGGAGGUGGCGGUGCUUCUGCCAUUGUCGUCGAGUCACUGCAGUAGGAAAUGAAGUAUCAAAUGACUGACGUAUAAGAAUAGAUAGAUUAAUACAAUCUGAUCACUCGUG